AUGGCCUCAUCUGAUGCCCCCGGCAGCGCCAUCUGCUCCCUCGAGGAAUUUCUCCAAGUGUCAUACGACUACAUCAUUAUCGGCGGCGGCACAGCCGGUCUCGCAGUAGCUGCUGGGCUCAGUGAAGACCCAACUGUCAACGUGGGCGUGAUUGAGGCCGGGAAAGACCAGACUCAGAAUGAGUGCGUUUCAACCCCGGCUCUGUUUCCCAGGAUACUGGGUGUGCCGGAAUAUGACUGGAUGUUGGCUACAGUUCCUCAGAAAGGAAACCGUGGGAAAGUCCAUGCCCUGACCCGUGGGAAAAUGCUGGGUGGAUCGAGUGCUACAAACGGUAUGAUGUACGUCCGCGGCUCAAAGAAAGACUACGAUGACUGGUCUGCCUUCGGAAAAGGGUGGUCAUGGUCGUCCAUGGCGCCCUAUUUCCGGCGUCACGAAAGCUUCGACGAUACCCCGGGUGGUGGUGUACCGUCCGACACCAACAUCACUAACUACCAGUCGGGGAGCCAUGGGGUGUCUGGUCCCGUGCAGACCAGCUUCAACAACUGGCGGAGCCCGCUCGAACGAAGCUUCAUCGAGGCCGGGAAACAAGUUUCCGGGAUUGGGGGCCCACGAGAUCCAGGUGGCGGAGACCACCUGGGGUUCUUUUCGUCUUUGGCUACUAUAGACAGAAAGGUGCGAAAAGGGACUCGUAGCUAUGCAGCCACUGCUUACUUGCUUCCCAAUAUCCGACGUCCGAACCUCCGGGUACUCACCGAAGCCCUAGCCAUGAAGGUAAUCUUGCAGGGCAAUGUGGCUCGCGGUGUCCGCAUCCACUGUGCCGGCCAAACGCACGAUAUCAAAGCCACAGGAGAAGUUAUCCUGAGCUGCGGCACGUACAAGUCUCCCCAGAUCCUGGAGCUCUCGGGAAUCGGGGACCCGGAGAUCCUCGCUCCAGCAGGUGUGCAGUGCAACAUCCCCCUGCCAGGUGUUGGCGCGAGUCUACAGGAUCACGUCUUGACCGCUGCUGUAUAUGAACUGAAGGACGGCUUUUCGUCCUUCGACUCACUGCGCCAUGCGCACAAUCUGCAGGAGCACCUAGACAUGUAUGCGAAGGAUUCCAAGGGUAUCCUGGGGGCUGCUACCAGUGGAAUGGGUUUCCUGCCAUACUCGAAGAUGGCCAGUCCGGCAGAGGUAGAGCGAACAUGCCAAAAGAUUCUCGAAUCUCCAGAAAAGACACCUUUCGAGCGGAAACAACUGGAGCAAGUCGUCCAGCAACUCAAAAGCCCUAUAUCUGGAAAUAUCCAGUUCAUUUUCACGCAGGGAACGAUGAACGUCGAGGAAGUCGCCGGCGACCAGGGCAAGUUCCAGAAAACCCUCAACGAGAACGACCGUGACGGGUUUACGAUCGUGUCUUGCGUCGAGUAUCCCGCGUCCAGAGGCACCGUCCACAUCACCAACAGCGAUCCAGCCAAAAACCCUGCCGUCGAUCCAGCAUUCCUCAGCCAUUCCGCAGACGUUGACGUCCUCGCUACUGCUCUAGGCUUCUCUGAUAAGAUCGCGCAGUCGCCCGCGUUAAAGGACAAGGUUCACCGGCGCGCGUAUCCCCCGGAGAGCGUUGAUGUGCAUGACCGCGCCUCUGCGUCCGAGGCUGUCAGGGACUUUUGCUUGACUGAGUAUCAUCCGUGCGGGACGUGCGCUAUCGGACAGGUGGUGGAUGAAAGGCUGAAAGUUUAUGGAGUGCAGGGGCUGAGAGUGGUCGAUGCCAGCGUUUUCCCGGGGAACGUGAGCGGGAAUAUCCUGUCCACGGUGUAUGCUGUGGCUGAGAGAGCGGUGGAUUUGAUCAAGGAGGAUGCGGUCACGCUUCGGUCUAAUCUGUGA